UUUAAAGUGAAAAUACGUAAACGCUAAGAAAUGGCUGCUAGAUUCAUAAAUAAAAUUGUAAGAAAAACUGGCGUAAUUGGACAGAUGUUAUGUAUACUACAUAAGUAUUUGUACCGGAACAAUAUAAGUCCUGCCCUCGUCAACACAACCCCUGCUGCUCAUCGCGCUUAUUCGUCUGGUGUCAGAAAAGUAACACUGAUACCUGGUGAUGGCAUUGGUCCCGAAAUCUCUGCAGCCGUGCAAAAGAUUUUCACUGCCGCCAAUGUGCCCAUUGAAUGGGAAACGGUUGAUGUUACUCCUGUCCGUGGCCCCGACGGGAAAUUUGGCAUACCACAGGCAGCCAUAGAUUCAGUUAACACCAAUAAGAUUGGCCUGAAGGGCCCAUUGAUGACGCCUGUUGGUAAGGGACAUCGAUCAUUGAAUCUUGCCUUGCGCAAGGAGUUCAAUUUGUAUGCCAAUGUGCGCCCUUGUCGCAGUCUAGAGGGAUAUAAAACACUGUAUGAUGACGUGGACGUAGUCACAAUUCGUGAAAACACCGAGGGCGAGUACUCUGGCAUUGAGCACGAGAUUGUUGACGGUGUGGUUCAAAGUAUCAAGCUUAUUACGGAGGAGGCGUCUAUGCGAGUCGCUGAGUAUGCCUUCCAGUAUGCUAAAAAUAACAAUCGCAAAAAGGUGACCGUGGUGCACAAGGCGAACAUUAUGCGUAUGUCGGACGGUCUUUUCCUGCGAUGCGCGCGUGACACAGCGCAGAAAUAUCCGGAGAUACAGUUUGAAGAGCGCUACUUGGAUACCGUAUGCCUAAACAUGGUCCAAAAUCCAGGAAAAUACGAUGUUCUUGUGAUGCCCAAUCUGUAUGGUGAUAUUUUAUCAGACAUGUGUGCUGGACUGGUCGGUGGUCUGGGCCUAACGCCAUCAGGCAACAUGGGGCUUAACGGCGCACUUUUUGAGUCUGUGCACGGCACUGCACCAGAUAUCGCUGGCAAGGAUCUAGCCAACCCGACUGCACUACUGCUUUCUGCAGUGAUGAUGUUGCGCCAUAUGGAGCUUAAUGAACAUGCCAAUAACAUUGAACGUGCUGCGUUCGAAACCAUUAAAGAGGGUAAAUACCUCACAGGUGACUUGGGUGGCCGCGCAAAAUGCUCAGAGUUUACGAAUGAGAUCUGCGCAAAGUUGUAAAUGCUUUAUUUUUGCAAGACUAAGAACAGCUAAAUCGAUUGCAAAACCCAGUCACAACAACAAAAUUUGUGUUCGAUAGUGGCCUCUAAAAUGGUAACAACAACAUCGUCAACUCAUUCUGACUAAGAGAAACUCAAUCCCAAAAAUAAGAGAACCAAAUAACAACAGCAAUAGCAGAAACACAACACUCCUAAAAUAGACGCAGAUUUUCAGCUAUUUUUUUGUUUUGUUUACUGUGCGAGCACUUUUCUGUUUAUGAUUCAUAACUCCAAAACAAGCACCCAAAGUAUUUAUGUUGAUGUGCUUUAUUAUUUGUAAAAAAUAGUUUGGCAUAUGCCUUAUUUUUGACAUUGAAUAAUUAUUUCUAUGAUAUAAAAAGUAA